CGCAUUACAAAGAAAAUAAUAAACAUGUGUUGAUAUUUUUUAUUUUGAUAGUAAGACAAAUUCCUAGAAUGUUUGACUCACUACAAAAGAAAACAAUCGGCGAUAAAACGUGAUCAAAUAUUCAUGACGUAUGGGUUGCUACAGUCUUCCAAUAAUUACACAUUAAUUAAAAUGAUAUUUAAUAUUUUCUUUUUCACCGUACUUGCAACAGUUUCAUUUGCUGAAGCUCAAGCUCUGGAUCAAGGCAAUGAGUUACAUCAAAAACUGGCAGCAUUGUAUGAGAGAUCACAGUUAGAGGAACUUAUUUUAAAUGAAAUUUUUGAUAAAAAUUUAGCAUUAAUACGUAGCUUCAUUAAACUACUACAAAUGGAUCCACUACAAGUUCCUGAUCACUUGAUAACAAUGACGGAUUUAGGAAUUGGAAAAACACAUUUACAAGGAGGCUGGGUACAAAAUCUUGUAACAAUUAAACGAUCUGGUGAUGUUAUUUUGCGUUAUAAUGAUAAGGCUUUUAGUUGUGAUUUUGAUCUUGGCUGGGAUAGUAUUUAUCUAAAUUAUGACUAUACAAUCAGAUAUCUUAUGUUCACCCGCAAAGGAUCAUUUACUGGAAGUUUUAAAAAUCUUCGAGUAAGAGUUUUGGCAUCAAUGGACUUAGAAAAAAGUUCUCUCAAGCUUGAAUUUUUCAAAUUUGUUGAAGUUGAUAACUUUACAUUAAGAUUAGAAGGCCACCUGACGGACCACCUGAUUAAUAUUCUCACUAGAGCACUAACAAUAUUUGCUAAAAGUCAAGUCCUGCGGGAAAUUGAAUUUCAAUCGACAAACAUUAUUGAAAAGAAACUUAAAGAAAUUAAUGAAUUGAAACCUGAAUUCAUAGAUUCAAUUGUGCAGUCAAUAUUAGAAAUUUUCAGCAAUAUAACGAUUUCUCACGAAUAGUUUCGAUUCGAUUUAUUAAAUGAUUUUUAUACAUAUCUUGCAAUAAAGAAUUUUAAUAAAAAUAGAUAAGUUUUUUGUAUAAUUUAUAGUUUAUAUGUAAUAAAAUAUUUAAAUAUUAUAACAUGUGUUAGAAACACAUGUUUUGUACAUACAUGUAUUUAAUUUUCUAAUUUAAAUUUAAUUAGAGAUU